ACGGCUGACAGAUAUUUUGUAUUGUCAAGUUAUAAACCAAUAGCAAUUUAUACACAAAAUAGGAAUUGAAAUACUCCGGUCUGAGUACAACGGCAGCAUGAUAUUCAUUUUGUAUCAUGAAAUUGAAAAUAUUCAAAGUCCAAUUUGAAAAUAAAAUCAUUUAAGAUAGCAAAAAAAAACUUGCUAUUUCGCUUAUAUAAAAUUUUUAUUCAAAAUAAUACAAUCCCAUAUGCUUAAAUUAAUGUUAGUUAAAAAAUAAGUAAAUACUGAAUAUCAAAUUUAAUAGUAAAUAGUGAAUAUUAAAUCAAUAUUAAACACUGAAUCUCAGUGCUAAAAAUAAACUACAUAUAUCAAAUAGUUUUACAUUAUACAAUUGCUUGAGUCAAAACAAAAUUCAAUAUGUCGAAGGAUGUGAGGAGGGAAACAUUACUAAAUGCUUCUCCUAUAUCAAAAACUGGAUUAGUUGUGGCUCUUUCAAACGAAAGUAGUGCCGAAGAGAAUUUUAUCGUAAAUAGGUUGGAUUCUAAUGUUUCUGCCUUAGAAACAAUUAAUUUUAAAGUUGGUGAUAAAUGUUAUGUUGGGGGAACUCGUCCCGGAAUAGUGGCUUACAUUGGUGAAACUCAUUUUGCUCCAGGGGAGUGGGUUGGUGUUAUUUUAAAUGAUCCAAGUGGAAAAAAUGACGGUUGUGUGUCUGGGAAGCGUUAUUUUCAAUGUGAAGCAAAACAUGGAAUUUUUUCAAGAGCAAAUCGUUUAACAGUAAGUGCAGGCGCCUUUGCUAAAAAAAAAAACGACGAUUUUUUAGAAAGUAGUAGCCAUAGCCAAUCUACAUCUCCAACUCCAAGCUCUUUAACUGUUAAUAAAAUUCCAAACAAAAUUCGAGAAUUUAAUGUUGGAGAUAGAGUUAUUGUUUCAUCUGGGUAUGGAAGUCGUCUAGGGGAAUUGAAAUUCAUUGGGGAAACAAAGUUCGCCGCAGGUAAUUGGUGUGGAGUUCAGUUAGAUGAGCCAAAUGGAAAGAAUGACGGAUCUGUUGAUGGUGUAAAGUAUUUUGAGUGCCCAUUAAAAUAUGGUGUUUUUGUUCCAAUAGCAAAAGUUAGUCUUUCUCCUUUAGGUAGGAAAUGCAAUCUCUCUAGAUCUACUUCGAACGAGUCCCUGAGGUCUGGCGUAACGUCAAAUAGCAUUGCUAGUACCCAUACAUCUCGAUUAAGGAUGAGUAAAUUGAAGAAACCCAGCGCGUUAUCUAGUUCCUUUUCCAUAUCAGGUGGAUCAAAAAUCUCAGUUAAAUCUUCAUUUUCAAUGCAAGAUCUUGUUAGAGAAAAACAACAACACAUAGAACAGUUAAUAAAAGAAAGGGAUUUAGACCGGGAAGAUUUAAAUAGCCAAGUUAUACUGUUUCAAAAAAAGGUUUACGAAUUGAACGAUAAAAUUAGCAUGCUUGAAGUUAAAUUGAAAGAAUCUGAAAAGAAAAAUGAAGAAUGGAAAAACGCCUAUGACGAAGCUGUUUUUUGUAGUGAUGAAUUAAACAUCCAAAAUAUUGAAUGUAAAGAAAAAAUUGAUAUGCUACAAAAACUAAUACCUCUAAAUGGAAUGCAGAUUGAUCCUCAAACAUUUGAAACACCAGUCACUUUUUGUAGUAAUUGUGAAGCAAGUACAAAAAAAAUUGAAGAACUCAAUACCGCAAUUUCUGUUUUAUAUAAGAAAAUGGAAAUAACGAAGAACAUUCAUUUAAAACCUUUAAAGAGUGAUAACAUAUCAAAUUUCAAAAACGACGAAGAUGUAUUGAUGAAAUUUGAAACAAAUACUCAAGAGUACGAAGCAUUAAAUGACUUUCUGACCGAGGCUGGAAAAGAACACGAAAAGUUUCAGUAUGAGUUGCAACAUGUUAAAAUCCAAAAUUCCAAAUUACAAAAUAAAUUAGAUGAAGUUUUUAAGGUACUGGAAAGUAAAGAAAAUGAAUUGGAAAAUCUAAAAACUUUGUUUAAAACCAAGGAGACUGAACUGGCAGAAAUAACACAAUCAGGGAAUAUUCUAAAUUCGAAGAACAAAGAGCUUUAUAGUAUAAGUUCCGCAUUGGAACAGGAUAUAUUAGAAAAAACUCAAAACUUAAAUGACUCUUCAAAUAAAAUUGCUAAUUUAGAGGAGCGUUUAAAAAAAUAUGAAAUUGUGGUUGAAAAUUUAAAUAAAGAUCUCAUACAAGCACAAGUAUUAGUAGAUGAAACAUCUAGAAUAAAAAAUAAAGAAAUUGAGUCGUUGACAGCAAAGAUUAAUGUCUUAGAGUCUACAAACAAGAUGUUAAAAUUAAGUCUAGAUGAACUAAAUAAGAAAUCAAGCCAAAUUUUUGAAAUGAAUAGCAAAAUUAAAGAACAACUUGACGAAAAAAACUUGGAAUAUAACAUUAUUAUUGAACAGAAAGAGAUAUGCAUCACCGAUUUGCAAAAGUUAACUAACGAGCAUGAUUCUUUAAAAAGGCAAUUAAUUUUCAAAGAAGUUUGCUUGCAAGAAAAUGAAGAGAAAAUUACAGUCCUAGAAAAACAAUUGCAUAAAUUUAAAGAAGAUAAGCUAACGUUAGAAAAAGAACUGGAAGAUAUGAGAAAAAAAAAUUCAGAAUUUGUCGGUACAUUAGCAAAACAAUUAGAUGAUUUUAAAUUUAAUAAUGAAAAUUUGGAGGCUAAUGCACUUAUAUUAAAACAAAAUCUUGAAGAAAAAAUUUAUGAAAUAAAAUCAAAAAACGAGAAAAUCGAUUAUCUUACAAAUCAAUUGAAAAAUUUGGAAAAUCGAAUUACAUCAUCUUCAAAAGUUGAAAAAGGUGAAGACAAUGAAAUAAAUAAACUUAGUAUUGCUUUAGAAAUUGUGAAGAAUGAUGCUACAGAAAAGCAGGCUCAGAUACAAAGAAACGAAAAAAGAAUAGAUGAAUUAGAACAAAUAUUGGAAAAUAUAAGUGCUGAAAAGAAAAUAUUAGAAGAAAAACUGCGUAAGUCGAAUCUGGACCUGCAAACUUUCAACAAAUUAAACGACGAUAAUAUUACUGAAAGAAGUGUUUUGAAAAAUCAAUUCAAAAAUUUAGUAGAGGAAUUAGAAGUACAACGUGAUAAAAGUAUUCAAUUUGAAAAUGAUUCAAAAGAAUCAAAAAAUUUUCUUAUUAAUUCGAAACUUGAAAAUGAUACUUUGAAGAAUCUUAUAAAACAGUUGGAAAAUAAACAAAAAGAAGUAGAAAGAAUUAAUAUCCAAAACGAGAAGAUAAUAUCUGAGAAAGAAAUGGAAUGUACCGAAAAAGAAAAGCAAACAAUCGCAUUAAAAUUAGAAAACUCUCAAUUAGAAUGUUGCUUAAAAGAACUUAAAAAUAAAUUCAGUCAACUUUCUGACGAAUUUGAAGUUCAGAAACUAGAACUAAUCGCGAAUAUAAAAGUAAAUGAGAGUCAAAAAAUGUCUUUAAAAGAUUUUGAAAUUGCGUUAAAUAAUAAAAAUGAAGAGAUUUCCAAGAUUCAAAUGGAUUUGAAAUCUUUAAUUGAAGAAAAGGCGUCUUUGCAAUCUGUUUUGAACGAACAUAUCGGGGCUAAGGCCGCAUCUAUAGAGGAGAUAAAAAAUCUCAAGAACAAUUUAGAUUCAAUGAAAGAAAAAUUAGUUUCUACAGAAAAAAUAAAUGAAACAAACGUGGCACAGGUAGAAACGUGCUUGCAACAAUUAGAAAAUUCGCAAAAAAAAUUUUCAGAUGAAAUGGAGUGUCAGAAAAAUUACGUUGAAGCUUUAAACCAAGAAUUACAUAAUGUAAAAAAUGCGAAAACUUUUCUUGAAAGCUCCUUAAAGCAAUUUGAAGAAAAAUAUAUAAAUAUGGAAACAACAAAGAAUUUAGAGCUUGCAAAUAUUAAAGUAAAGUUAAGCGAAACCAUUAAAAGCAAAGAUAAUUUUGAAAUGCUGCUGAAUGAUUUUAAAAUGAAAUUGGAAAAAGAAAAAACGCAAUUAGAAGAUUUUCAAACUAAGUAUAAACAAAAUGCCGACCGCGUUUUAGAACUCGAACAGGAAAGUACCAUUUUGAAGGAAAAAGUUCAGUUUGAGGGAGAACUUUCAAUAAAUCGUGAUUGUGAUUUUGGUGCGGAACAUAUCAAAAACUUAACAUCUCUAUUGCAAGAAGAAAAAACUAAAAACGAUAAAUUAAAUCAAAAAUACAAAAAAAUUCUAACAGAAUUAUCCUUAUUAGAAAACUCUUGCGGAAUUCUUAGAGAACUGGAACAGAAAACAAUAGAUUUACAGCACAUAAAUGAUAUGCUUCUGGAAGAGAAUACACAAUUGAAAAAUGAUAUCGACAAUACAAAAAAUAAAAAGCAAGAAACCAAGUAUAAUACCGCACUUUUCGAGUCUGAGAGCAAUAACGAGUUAGAGAAGCUCAAGCAGACCUUAAUAGAUACUCAAAAUACAGUCAAGAGUUUGACAGAACAGUUACAAUCAAAAAGUAAAAAAGUGGAAGAAAUUACGAAAUUGUAUGAAAUAUCAUAUAAAAAUGUACUUGAAAAAGCUAUUUGCAAUGAAAAUUUAGAAAAAGAAAUUCAAACACUAAAAAAUUCUUUAAUCAGUAGCGAUUUUUUUUCAAAAAACUCUUCAACGAACAGAACGAACCAAAUUUUGGCAGACAAUGGUGCAAUUGAUCAAAUAAACUUUCUUAAUUCAAUUAUAGCUGAUAUGCAUAAAAAAAAUGAAACCCUCAAAGCUCGAAUUGACGUUUUAGAAACGAACACUUUGGAUAUGACAAAGUAUUUGAGUUUAGAUAUGUUUAAAAAACGAAAACCUACACCUCGAAUAUUUUGUGAUAUUUGUGGUGAAUUUGACCAACACGACACAGAAGAAUGUCCACUGCAAUGCUCAAACAGUCCAACAACCUCUUUACAUGAUUCUAUUAAGGAUGACAACUGUAAAGAUAAAAGAGAAAUACAACCUCUUCGAGAAUAUUGUGACAGUUGUGAAGUUUUUGGUCAUUGUUCAAAUUUAUGCCCAAAUAAUGAUUGCUAUUAGUAUGAUUUGAAAAAAAUUAAAUAAACGUAAGGUAAAUUAAAACAAGAAAAUCUUUUGAUAAAACUGUCGAUGUUUCAACAUUCCCCAGACUGUAAGUAGAAUAAAAAUACUCACUGAAAUACAAAAAAUACUCUUGUAUUGAAUCCAUUUUGACUGGUUUAAGCUCACCUCCUCAUUUACAUGUUGAAAUUUCUCAACUUUAACUUCAAUUCCGUCAUUUAUGUACAUACUGUAUGUAUUUCGAUACUCUUAAACGGUUUUUUUGAAAAGCAAACUUGACAAAU